CUCAUUUCCCUAAAACGGGGGGUCGAGGAAGGGAGGGCGAGAAGGAAAGAGAGAAAAAGCAGACAAGGGAGAGCAGAAGGCAGCCGGCGUGGGGAGCGGGCGGCCGAGCCGGGUCGGAGGGGGGUAGGGAGACAGGAAGGAGGGAAGGGGAAGAGCCGCUCCCGCGUCCGAGCGCCCCGCCGCCCGCCCGCCGCCAGCAUGCCCGGCGUGGCCCGCCUGCCGCUGCCGCUGCUGCUCUGGCUGCUGUUGCUCCCGCGCCCGGGUUGCCCGCUCGACCUGGCCGACUACACCUAUGACCUGGGGGAGGAGGACGAGCCGGAGCCCCUCAACUACAAAGACCCCUGCAAGGCGGCUGCCUUCCUUGGGGACAUUGCCCUGGACGAGGAGGACCUGCGGGCCUUCCAGGUGCAGCGAGCGGCAGAUCUGAGACAGCGUGCGAGCAGCAGGCUACCCGGCAGAGCUGCAGGAAACUCUUCUGCCCCCAAGUGCCAGGCCGCUAGUGGGCAGCCUCAGAGGAAAAUCUGUGGGGGGCGGAGAAGCAGGUCUCGCAGCAGGCGGGCGGCCACAUCUAGGCCAGAGCGUGUGUGGCCCGAUGGGGUCAUCCCCUUUGUCAUUGGGGGGAACUUCACUGGCAGCCAGAGAGCCGUCUUCCGGCAGGCCAUGAGGCACUGGGAGAAGCACACCUGCGUCACCUUCCUGGAACGCACAGAUGAGGACAGCUACAUAGUAUUCACCUAUCGACCCUGCGGGUGCUGCUCCUACGUGGGUCGCCGUGGUGGGGGCCCCCAGGCCAUCUCCAUUGGCAAGAACUGUGACAAGUUUGGCAUUGUGGUCCAUGAACUGGGCCAUGUCAUUGGCUUCUGGCAUGAGCACACACGCCCUGACCGGGACCGUCAUGUCGCCAUCGUUCGAGAAAACAUCCAGCCAGGGCAGGAGUAUAACUUCCUAAAGAUGGAGGUGCAGGAGGUGGAGUCUCUGGGGGAGACUUAUGACUUUGACAGCAUCAUGCAUUACGCCCGGAACACGUUCUCCAGGGGCAUCUUCCUGGACACCAUUGUCCCCAAGUAUGAGGUGAACGGGGUGAAACCUCCCAUUGGCCAAAGGACUCGACUCAGCAAGGGGGACAUCGCCCAGGCCCGCAAGCUCUACAAGUGCCCAGCCUGCGGAGAGACACUGCAAGACAGCACAGGCAACUUCUCUUCUCCAGAAUACCCCAAUGGCUACUCUGCCCAUAUGCAUUGUGUCUGGCGCAUCUCCGUCACCCCAGGGGAGAAGAUCAUUCUGAACUUCACGUCCAUGGAUCUGUACCGCAGCCGUUUGUGCUGGUAUGACUACGUGGAGGUCCGAGAUGGCUUCUGGAGGAAGGCGCCCCUCCGAGGCCGCUUCUGCGGGGGCAAACUCCCGGAGCCCAUCAUCUCCACGGACAGUCGCCUCUGGGUAGAGUUUCGCAGCAGCAGCAACUGGGUUGGGAAGGGCUUCUUUGCAGUUUAUGAAGCCAUCUGCGGGGGAGAUGUGAAGAAGGACAACGGCCACAUCCAGUCACCCAAUUACCCAGAUGACUACAGGCCCAGCAAAGUUUGCAUCUGGCGGAUCCAGGUGUCUGAGGGCUUCCACGUAGGCCUCACCUUCCAGUCCUUCGAAGUAGGUCAAGUCCCCAUGUCCCACAUCCCAGCAUCCUGGUUUCCCCAGGACAGCCCACCUGCCUGUGGACUCCUGAGGCUUGGGUCCCCCAGCCAACUCCCCACUGAUAGAGGACCCCCUGCCCCCCGCCACCAGAUUGAGCGCCAUGACAGCUGUGCCUAUGACUACCUGGAGGUGCGAGAUGGGCAUAGUGAGAGCAGCACCCUCAUUGGGCGCUACUGUGGCUAUGAGAAGCCCGAUGACAUCAAGAGCACUUCCAGCCGCCUUUGGCUCAAGUUCGUAUCUGAUGGGUCCAUCAACAAAGCCGGCUUCGCUGUCAACUUUUUCAAAGAGGUGGACGAGUGUUCCCGGCCCAACCGUGGGGGCUGCGAGCAGCGCUGCCUCAACACCCUGGGCAGCUACAAGUGCAGCUGUGACCCCGGCUAUGAGCUGGCCCCUGACAAACGCCGAUGUGAGGCUGCCUGCGGUGGUUUUCUUACCAAGCUCAAUGGCUCCAUCACUAGCCCUGGCUGGCCCAAGGAGUACCCCCCCAACAAAAACUGCAUCUGGCAGCUGGUGGCCCCUACUCAGUACCGCAUCUCCCUGCAGUUUGACUUCUUUGAGACCGAAGGCAAUGACGUGUGCAAGUAUGACUUCGUGGAGGUGCGCAGUGGACUUACGGCCGACUCCAAGCUGCAUGGCAAGUUCUGUGGCUCCGAGAAGCCUGAAGUCAUCACCUCCCAGUACAACAACAUGCGUGUGGAGUUUAAAUCUGACAACACCGUCUCCAAAAAGGGCUUCAAGGCCCACUUCUUCUCAGACAAGGACGAGUGUUCCAAGGACAAUGGCGGCUGUCAGCAGGACUGCGUCAACACGUUUGGCAGCUACGAGUGUCAGUGCCGCAGCGGCUUUGUCCUCCAUGACAACAAACAUGACUGCAAGGAAGCUGGCUGUGACCACAAGGUGACAUCAACCAGCGGUACCAUUACCAGCCCCAACUGGCCUGACAAAUACCCCAGCAAGAAGGAGUGUACCUGGGCUAUCUCUAGCACCCCUGGGCACCGGGUCAAGCUGACCUUCAUGGAGAUGGACAUUGAGGCCCAGCCAGAGUGCACCUACGACCACCUGGAGGUGUACGAUGGGCGUGAUGCCAAGGCUCCUGUGCUGGGCCGCUUCUGUGGAAGCAAGAAACCCGAGCCUGUCCUGGCCACAGGCAGCCGCAUGUUCCUGCGCUUCUACUCAGACAACUCCGUUCAGAGGAAGGGCUUUCAGGCAUCCCACUCCACAGAGUGCGGAGGCCAGGUGCGGGCAGAGGUGAAAACCAAAGACCUUUACUCCCAUGCUCAAUUUGGUGACAAUAACUACCCCGGAGGUGUGGACUGCGAGUGGGUCAUCGUGGCAGAAGAGGGCUACGGCGUGGAGCUCAUAUUCCAGACCUUCGAGGUAGAGGAGGAGACAGACUGUGGCUAUGACUAUAUGGAGCUCUUCGAUGGCUAUGACAGCACAGCCCCCAGGCUGGGACGCUACUGUGGCUCAGGGCCCCCUGAGGAAGUAUACUCAGCAGGAGACUCUGUCCUGGUGAAAUUCCAUUCAGACGACACUAUCACCAAGAAAGGCUUCCACCUGCGCUAUACCAGCACCAAGUUCCAGGACACACUGCACAGCAGGAAGUGACCGCUGCCACCUCCUCACUUGGGGCCUUGGUCACUGGACCAGACAGUGGGCACCCCAUCCCUGUCUCCCAGGAGCCAGGUCCUGCGGGCCUGUGGUCUGGUGAAGCUGCCCUCAGAAGGCGGGAGACUGGACUCCUUCAAGAGCCUCUUACCCAUCUUCCCACCAUCCCUGGCUCCCACCAGCAUGAAGAGACCAGGCCCGGGAGCCAGAGCUUUCACUGACACACUUGAAGUGGCCGUCCCUCUCUAAGGUGCCGGGGCGCCUUCCUGCCCCCUCUGUGCUAUGUAUUGUGUAUCUCAGUGGCUUCUAUACAUUCCCAACUCCUCUCCAGUCCCCCAACUUGGUUUUACUUUAAGCCUCCACUGCCCACCACCCCAUUUCCAGGGGUGUGGGUUUUUGUACACGGCCCCCAGGAGCCACAGUUGGGGGGGAGGACAGGGUGAGAGGGAGACAAGGCAGGUAUUCUCACAGGCCCAGUGGAGGUUCGGCCACACCAGGGCACCCCAGCCAAUAAACAGAAAGUGCUACAGCCAA